AUGGCAUACCUUUCCGCUACCUCGCCAUGGGACCCCCCAGCUACUGCAGUUCUGCUGCAAGACGCUCCCAAGAGGACCGUCGAUGAUGGAAUGUACCAUCCGUAUACAAGUGUCUUGGAUAAUGGAGUCUAUACAGCAGCAUCACCUCAGACGGUAGAUCCUGCAAACCAAGUGCUGGCACAGCAGUCGGCCGCUGCGGUGGAUCCGCAAGCCAGUCUGGGGCUCACGCAACUCGCCCCUUCACUGCAGGUCGAGCAGACUUUACAGACUUCACCAACUGCACCCACCAUCACAAUCUCAAUCACCACAUCGAUCAUCACCUCUACGGUGACAUGGUCUUCCACUCCGAGUCCUUCAACGACAUCGUCGCAUACAACUUCGACUGAAACAACUUCGGCCGAACCAAGUUCAUCGCUGGCCAUUGUCCCAACAACAACCGACAGGGUUGCACCCCCACCAGCAUCGCCAGAAAUACACCAUCACGCCCACCCGCUGAGCAGCAUUGAUCAGGCCGGAAUUGCCCUCGGGAUCAUGGGCGCUGCGUUGAUCCUAGUCGCGCUGGUCUUUUGGCGUCUCGAGCGCAAGAAGAGGGCUUUGCGACGACACGCCCUCGACCGAAAUGAUCAUGAUGAUGAUCCCACCCACCGGCUACCACCAGCAAAGUCAUAUCGCGUGUACAGCCUCGCCUCGAGCCUGUAUACUCGAACCAGAAGUACGUUGACACUUGCCAGUGUGGCGGAGAGGUUCAAGGCUUCGGGUGGCCCCCUUCUACCCUCGAUUCAUUCGCGGCUUAGCGACAUCAGUUCGCAUGACGAGGUUCCGGCUCCAUCUCCGGCCCCGCUGCAAUGCCAUGCGGGCCAGUUCAACCCCAGCAGGGUGCGUGACUUGGUUCAAAGAUGGCUCUCCGAGUCUAGCUCUCUCGCACGGCGCACGCUGGACAAGAUCAGGCGUCUUCGGAAGCCACGACUAACACCCGCGCAAAGGAGGAGUCGGCAGCCGUAUGAGUAUGGUUUCUGUGAAGAAUAUCUUCACAUCCCUCCUCCGGAACCGACGCGCCUGGAGAGGACAUUGGGCCGGCUUUGGGCCACCGGUUCCUCGGUGAUGCUCGCGACCACGAAGAAGCUGCCACUGCCGUAUCCACCUCGAGCUCACCUGUCCCCUCAGCUCUCUGAGAAGGGCCUCACGGGGUCACCUUCAACUUCGAGCAGGAAUAGCGAGGGCGAGCAUAAUUCGCACGACGGCAUCUGCGACAGGCACCGUCAACAAUACGCGCAGCAGCUCGGUCUCGAGGCCAACACGAGCUUUACUGGAGAAAAAGAUCCCGUUCGGGUGCAGUGCGUCGCCUCCAGCCUGGUGACGGUCGAAGAGUCUCGCGGACAGAAUGAAGACGCCGUCAGCGCCCGGAUCUCGGGGGAUGAUGCUAAAGCAGAGCAUGAGUCCAAUCCUCAACACGCACAAGCACAAGCACAAGCACAAGCUCAACCGCAAUCACAAUCGUUGCCUCCAUCGCCCCCGGUCUCCCCUACAUCCCCAACACCACCAUCCCGUUCACCCUCACCACCGUCAGUCUCGUCCGUUUCCUCGUCUUCGGUCUGCUCCCCAUCAUCAUCAGCAUCACCACUCCUCCCACUCCCGAUACGCCCCAAGCCAUCACAUUCGGCAUCCUUGCGUCGCCUGGAGGUUCCGUCGGUUAUAACGCGAACGUUUCAACUCUAUCGCGUGGAAUUCACCUUUACGCCACGCAGCACAGGACACCUCGAGGUCAGCGAGGGCGACACGGUGCGACUUGAACAGAAUUUCGAUAACGGAUGGGCCCUCUGCACACUAACCACGACAGAACGCCAGGGCCUCCUCCCGCGCGCGUACCUCUCCACCUGGCCAAUCCGAACGGGAACGACCAACGAGCGCCUCGAACCAUCACCCAGCAUCGCGAAUACACCGACGGGCCUGGAGCGCUGGCGGUCGAACGCUUCGCGCGCCAAGACGCCCACGCCGAGUAUCAUGUCUGGAAAUAGUCAGCCCUCGCGGUUCUAUAGUCGGCCGGGGACGGCCAUGUCCGGAGCAAGUGGGGGGCAAGACAGUAAGGCUCCGAGUAUGAGGAGGACGCAGUCGCUUUCGCCGACGGCGUCGGAUGCGUCGAGGUCUUCGUAG